AAUUAAUUCACUGGUCCAAAAUUACCAAAACUCCUCUUCUGAGAACAUCCAAUUUGUCGUGUAAUUACCCUUGCAACAGAUUUCACAUGGUUAAUAAGAAUAACAACCAAAAUCCUUUAGAAUGGGAAUGGGAAUGGUAUUCUCCAUGGGAAUUGAUGUAGCGCGAUCUGGUCACUCCUAGUUGGCAGGGACCUCGUUCCUAUCUGGUGACGGACGACACCUGAGAAGGAGAAGAAGAUGAAGGAUUCCUGGGGAGCUCGCCCGACGGGAACACUCUGAUGCUUAAGUUAGAACUCCGUGGAGAGCCUAGAGAGUUGUAACAGAAAAUGAGCUAAGAGUGGAGAUGUGCACUUACUCAAAAAAAUUAUUUUCUUGCCCCUUGGAAAUCGGGGCCUUUAUAUACUGAUGCUCUGUCAAAUCGAGUGUAACCGCCUCUGAUUCUCUACUACAGUCGUUAUUCGCCAGGCUGAUUCAAUUGGUGCAGGUAACCGUCGCAGAGUACGGUCCUGUCAGUUGAGAGACGUUAUGCAGAGCUGGCGUGCACGACGCCGCUUGACGUGAGACGUGGGCGCAGUCCUCUGGACUGGUAGGUGCUGCGCCGCCAGACAAGAGAUGUGGGAGCAGUCUGACAGGCAUGGUCUUGUCGGAUAAGAAGUUUCCCAAAGACUCUGGGUUACUCAAUAGCGAGCUCCUUUGUAGCGAACUGCCUUGCAGCAAACCGUUCUGUAGCGAGUUGUCUUGUGGCGAGCUGUUCAGGUUGGGUUUCAGCGGGCUCAUUACGCCGAGUUGUAGCCAAGCUGUCAUGCUAAGCUGUCGCUUACGUCGAGUCAUGUCCACGUGUCACCUGGUUAGGAGGUCGAGUCAAAUCACCCCCAUCAAUUGCCCCCCACUCCUCGGGCUAAGGGUCUUGCUCUAGCGCGGGGAGUUCACGAAAUGACGGGUGGAUUUGACUCGCUGUUCAAAUUACUCUGACUGACCGCAUGUGGCUUUCAGGUUUUUCGGGCACCAAAAAACGCGCCAAACUGCCUUCGGUUUCGGAAGACGUGCGGCCAUCUUUAUUGCGAGCCGUUGGAUUCGCUUCAAUCGGAGCCGUUGGCUUUCGAGCACAGUGGCUAUAAAUAGGAGGGCCCCAAGCCUCAUUUUUGUACGCCAACUUGCCUUGCUUUCGGUUUUGAGGUUGCGCAUUCGCCUUGUUUGCUCUAGCUCUCCUUGUUCGCGUCGCUUUCUCAUUUCAUUUUUUUCUGGUGAGUCCUCUGUCUUGUCCAAUAAUGUCUGGGUACCCGUGGGACGGUAACCAGGGUGAGGUCCCCUCGAGCUCGGGGGGAGCUUGGGGUUUCCCCGAAGGGCGGUCUUUGGAGGCUUGGGAAGCCUCCGGUAACUUGGCUUCCACUUCCCGGGGUCGGGAGCCGGAUAGCUUCGGCCCUUCCUCCAUGUCUAUGGAGAGACUUCAGGCCCUAGUCUUUCAUUACAACCUCCCCAGGGAUCUUAUUUACAGUCUCCCAUCCGACAACUAUCCCUGGGAACACGAUCACGACGAGAUCGUGAUUUUUGAAGAGCAACUCGUGGCUGGUCUCCGACUCCCUCUACACCCUCUGAUAGUGGAGGUUCUUUCCCACUUCAAUGUCACCAUAGACCACCCGAACUCUGUUUGGAACUUGGUGGGGACUAUUUCCCUGUUCUUUGAGUAUUGUCUUCCUCUUUCCCUCGACACCUUUGCUUCUAUACUGUUGAUCAAGAAUGCCUACCCCGGAGCCCCUCUAGAAAGGCGCUCUUAUUACUUUUCCCCCCGUCCGGGCUUUAAGCUCCUCCACGAGCUGCCUAACAGGAUCCCAGCCUGGAAGCGAGGUUAUUUUGUAGUUCGCAACCCCAAGGGGUGGCCCUUUCCGACCCACCGGAGGGCCGCCAUUCAGGAUCCGGGCGUUGACUUGGACCUGAAGGUUCGGGAAACACUGCAGCCCUGGGCAGGGGUCGGCUUUCUCUGUUCGGAUGACUUGGCUGAGGACAAUCUCGUGCAGGCCGGCCUGAGCCCCGCCAACAUGUCUGGUGAGGAUGCACAUCACCUGUUGUCGAGUAACCAAAAGCGUAGGGCGAAGAGGUUGCGCCCCAACCAAGCGUCCACUUCUGAGGCCGCCGAGUUUGAGGCUGCAGACCCAGCCUUUGUUCCGCCGCCGGAGGUCCCACCUGUGUCGUUCGAGGGAGUAGCCGCGAGAGGCGGCAAAGAAGAAGAGGUCCCACCCCAGGAGCAGUACCCUCCGGCCGCGCAGUCCGGCCCCAUCGUCUUCCCGCGGUUUCCUACCGAGGGGAGGGAUGAAGCAUCACCAACUUCCUCGUGGCCUCGCGGAGGAGCCGGCAGGCGAUCAGUCAUGAGGAGAUCGCGGACUGGGCCGGGAUGCACCCUAGGCAGCUCUCCAAGCUGGCCUCAGCUCACUGCAUGGUGCUAAACUCCGCCAUCCACGCCAUGGCCUGUCAGGCUGCUAUUCACUCCCAGGAUGCCACCAAACAGAGGUCGAAAGUGCAGAGGCUCUAACACGAGCUCGACCAGGCCCAGGGUGAGGUCCUCCAGGCUCAGAAGGGGAGCGAGGCCCAGGAGCUACUCAUUAAGGACCAGGAAGCGCGGAUCUCCCGAUUAUCUAAGGAGAGCGCCCGUUACAGGGAGGAGUCUUCGAGGGUGACGGUAGAGAGGGAGCUUCUUCGUCAGCAGGUCCAGAGCUUGGAGUCCACGCUCCACGAGCGGACCCGAAACUUCGACGCCGCAGUGGAGGAAGAGCGGGCUAAGGCGGUGGAGGACUUUAAAGAGUCCUAGCAGUUCCAUGACCUCCAGGUCGAGUACGGCUCUAAGUCCUACUGCUCGGGGUUCAAGCUUUGCCGAUGGCUGGUUCAGAAGAAGUUCUCUGUCCUUAACCUUGAAGGCAUGACAAUAAAGGACAUGGCCCCGGAGACGGCGGACACUACGGAGGAAGAGAAGCCCGACUCCCUGGAGGAGAGCGACGAGGACGUAGAGGUGGUGGGACCUUGAGGCUGGUUGCUCUUUUUUCUUCUUCUAAAUGAAUCUUUUGAAGUGGUUGUUUCCAGGUGGCUGAGCCCGGUUCUCUCUCUUUUUGCCUAGAUGUACUCUCCCGGGCUGUUAGGCCCGGUUUUUUUAUAAGAACUAGUAAUGAAA